CGCCGCUUUGAGUUUCUCCUUUUCCCAGGCAUUUGGAGAGAUGGCGACAAUCCCAUUCAAGUUCGACAUCGCCAAAAGGCUCCCUCGUCGUGCCAUACGCCAUUCCCUCCUGUUGUGCAACCUGCAUCUCCAGACGGAUUAGGACGCUUUCUCCAGAGCCUGAUUCGAAGAUCACCCACGAGGCGUGCAACACCACGCUGAUCACUCGACGCAGCAGCUGCACGUCAAUGCGCCAGACCUGGGCAUCGCCGCACUGUGCAUGACUCUGGAAAACUUGCAUCGGCACCCAAGCCAUGUCCGAGGCAUGCUAAGGUCGCGGAAAUUACUCGCUCUGAUCCUGCUUGUCAGCACCGCUGCUCUCACUCUAUACUUCCUCCAAAGCCCCGCGCAGAUCCAGACCCUCGAGGAGUCGACGGCCUCGCUCUUCCAAGGCCACCAUGCGCACGAGGAGAACCAGCCACUCCUCCCGGCGAGCUCCCUGUUGCAUCCUAUCCACCAGCUAGUCACCCAAGGAGAAGGUGACUUUCAGACCGUUCGAGCUCGCCAGUCACGAUCCCUCAGCGAUGCCGUAGCCGAGUACCGCAGGCGGUACAAGCUGCCGCCUCCUCCGCACUUCGACAAAUGGUACAACUUUGCGAAAAAGCGGGGCGUCGAACUCAUUGACGAGUAUGACACUAUAUACCACCAGUUGCUGCCGUUCUGGGCAUUGGAGCCCUCAGUCAUAAGAGAGAGGACAAGAGAGGCAAUUGGAUUCGACAAUGCCUUGAUCGCGGUCAUGAUUCGCAAUGGCAAGGUUACGAAAAUCGAAGGAGGUGGAGAUAUGUACGAGUGGCAUAGGGAGGCGACUCCCAUUAUGUUGAAGGACUUCAUCAAAUACCUGCCCGAUAUGGAUUUGGCGUUUAACAUUCAUGACGAGCCCCGCGUGGUGAUGCAGCACGACGACCUCCUACAUCACGUCCAAGUGGCCAAGGACGAGAACAUACCCAAGGCCUACAGCGCCCAAAAGUUGAAGAACGAAUGGUCGACGCGCGCCGAAGAUCUGGGAGAGGGGAUUCGCAUCAAAGAAUACAAAACCACUCGCUUCAACCGGUUUGCCCAUCAACCGACGUGGAGCAACUCCAGAAUCUCAUGCUCCCCGGACAGCGCUGCGCGUAACUGUCUCAGCGACUCAUGCCCAGACAAUAUGACGACCUACUCGGAUCUACCCCUUGGCUUCAUCCGGAACACCACCGCCUUCUCCGACAUCUGCAACUCACCCAGCAUGGAGAAAUCAUAUGGCUUCUUCGACCGGCCCAACGCGUUCGACGUCACGCACGACUUAUUCCCCAUCUUUUCUCAGUCAAAAAUCUCUUCCUUCCAAGACAUCCUCUACCCAUCACCCUGGUAUUUCAUGGGUCGCGUCAAAUACGAGCCGGAGCGGGAUAUGCCUUGGGAACAGAAGGCUCCCACGAUGUACUGGCGAGGCAGUACGACAGGUGGUUUCUCUCGCGAUGGCGGGUGGAGAAGACAACACCGCCAGCGAUUCCUCACGAAGAUCCAACCGCUCAACACCGCUAAGGUCCUCGAACUAGACACCAACACUUCGGCCGAAGACUCUCUGUGGCGCGAGAAGACCAUUUCUGCGGCGGACGUAGCGCAUUAUUUCGACGUCAAGUUCACAUAUAUUGGACAAUGUGACCCUGGCGACUGCGACGCUCAACGUGAGUACUUUGGAACCGUGGAGCCUGUGAAUAUGUUUGAUGCACUUGCGUCGCGCUAUUUGCUUGAUAUAGAUGGUAAUGCUUUCUCCGGUCGCUAUUACGCCUGGCUGUUGAGCAAGUCUCUUGUCUACAAGCUCGCGGUGUUCCGCGAAUGGCACGACGAAUGGCUCAGGCCGUGGGUGCAUUACAUCCCACUCGGUUUGAUUGGCGAUGAAUACGCCGAGAGUGUGAGAUACUUUGAUCAAGAGGAAGCUGGCAAGGUUGAGGGUAAAAGAAUAGCAGAGCACGGAAGGAGUUGGGCGCAAAAGGUGCUCAGAAACGAGGAUCUGGAGGUGUGGUAUUUCCGGCUGUUGUUAGAGUACGGCCGCCUCAUCGACGACGAUCGAUAUAAUAUUGGCUUCGGCAUCUAAUGGUCCUGGGGACGCCCGCCGAAGGGUACUGAAAACUUGUAUAGAAAUGGCGUUGUGCUUCGCAUCGCCGAACGAGAAGUGCCUCGCGGCGGCUUGCUUUGAAUAUAAAAAAAAUUAAAGGGGCGUCGGGGAAUCCUCCCACCCCCCGUUUUGUAUACACCUACAUCUACAUGAACACAUGAACACAUGCACACAUCUUCGGUACGAGUCUCGUGCAUGUUAUUACCGUAGGUCGAGUCAGGGGUCG